UCGGACGUGUUUUUUUAAGGAUUUUAUUUUGUUAAAUUAUGCUAAGAUAUGGACAUAUGCCAUUUGCCUGAGCUGCUCGGAGGCAUUUUAUGUGACCAAUUAAUUUAAAGGAAUUACAUUACUAAAGAAUCAUAAUUAAUCUUUUGGAAUUAAUUAUCUUUUCACAGUUUCUGAUGUUAUCCAGCUUUCGCACAAAGAUGGCUCUCCAGGCAGUUCUUUUCGUCCUCUCGCUCCUGUCCCGUGCUGAGUUCGUGCAUACCGCUCAUCCGGGAAUCUUUACUGCCGAUCAAAGCUCCGGUUCUUUAGGGUCUCUCAGCAGUCCCUCAUUUGAAAGGAGAAACACACAAAAGGUUGCAGUUGUUGAUAAUGGCUUAUUUAAUCAACAGAAAACACUCAACUCCUUAUCGUCGUUAUCAAACUUUGACAAUCAUGUUCAUAACAUUCAGCAAACACCCGAUCAAAUACCAUCGGAACUAUAUCCAAACGAGCCUAUUCCUACCGUUGUGUACACAGAAGUGCCACGUAAUCCUGAACAAUCGCCAUCACCACCAGACAACAGUAUUAUCGUUGAAAGUAUUCAGAUGCAGCCGGAGAAAAUUUCUCCACCAAGAAAAAAAUUUUUAUCGGGUCAAAUAGAUGUUUCAAAGCAAGAAAGGGCCUUUACAGUUGAUCAACCAACGAUAAAGAAAGCUGUGAACAGACAAAAGAUUGUAAAGGAACAAAAUAGCAGUUUAUCUCACAAGCAAAAUGAACCCGCCACUGAAAAAAUAGAAAAACAAAGACCUGCGAGACCACAACAAAUUCGGUUUAUGAGCGGCAAUAAUAUAUUUAAACCAGGACAGAAAAACAUCUCAUACCGAUUUACAGGUAAAUCUUUCACAAAAUCUCCUACACCGAUUAAAAGACCAACCCCAAAAGCAGAAAUGAUUUCGUCUGAUACAAGAAAUAACCAAAUGAAUCAGAAGCUUGACCAUAAGAAAACAACACUGGAUAGCUUUUUACUUCGAGAAAUUGCGACUACUGAAUCACCAGUAACUGUGUGGAAGCAAAGUAUCCAACAUGGCCUAUAUGACACCACAAAAAGCUUCAGUGUACCUAUUACGUCUCAUCUUCACACAGAAGCUCCGACCAAACCACCCCUCAAUAAGUACUCAAUGGUGAACCCAACCAAUGGUGCUGUGGUUGGUGGCCAUAUCGUAACACAAGAGAAACCACCCUCUGAUAUCAUUGUCAACCAUCACGAGACUUCAGUUAUAGAGCGAAAUAGAAAGUUAAGCAGAGAUCGGUACAGUAAUGCACAAUGGCAGCAUCAACAGAAACAUAACCAGCAAGUUCAAAGGCAUCUGAAGAAACAAAGCUCUUCAUUAUCCAGUAUGAACGCACCACAAAAAUCAAAUAAUGAGCACUCUCAUGUCGUGACAGAUCCCGAAGCAAUUGCAGAUAUCAUAGUUAGUAGUAGUCAGCAAGGUGCUCCAUCAUUGAAUAACUUUGCUACCAACGCAGGGCAAUAUAUUGAUAAUCAAAUGCGGCACACAAAUAUGGAACAUAUGCAUGGAGCUAAUAAUCUACAUGAAUUUAAUUAUCAACAUCCAGCUAAAAAACAAUCGAAUCAAAUUAAUGAUUUCCAAAAUAAUGGACUAAGAAUGGGUUCCCUUUCAAAUCCGAAUCCCGUAAAUUUAAACAACCAACAAGGAGUGAAUAGUAAAACAUUACCAACUGAAGAGAAAAAGCAUUUAGAAGUGGCCCACAGAUUGCAUAAAAACAAAGAGAUGCUUCAACAGCAUGGCCAAUUUCCUAAACACGAUGCCAUCACAACACAUGGCGAAAAUAAGAUAUUGCAGGGUAAACGCCAACUCUCAGAGCUUUAUUCAUCAACAACUUUGCAAAAACAGAACAUAAAUAACCUUAAAUCAAAUGCUUUCGCAAACAACUUUGUAAUAUCCAAUAAUGUGAAUGCGAUGCAAAAUAAUCAAAAGUCUGCGGCUAAUACACCUUACACUCAGAGGAAAAAGAAUCAGCAACAUCCCAGAGAUAUGAAAGCAUCAGUCAUAAAUAAAUUACAAGGUAUGAAUACACAGCAACAUCAUUCGAGAUUGCACGAUAAAACCCCUAGCACUCUUUUCCAGGGAGUUCACCAGCAGGAACAUCAAACAAAACAUCACGGACACAAACAAGGAACUGAGCAGCAUAAAAAACAAUCGCAUAAAGCCCCGAGUCUAUCCUCCAGUAGCUCACUGUCUAACCCCAGUUUCUUGAGUUCUCAAAGAAGAAUGAUGCAGUCACAACCUGGCUCUAAACAGCCUCAAGGCCACUCUAUGGAACAAAUAAUGAACCAAGGGACCCCUCAGAUGCAAAUGCAAUACGCUGGAGCAAAUGAAGUGCAGUAUAAUAUUGUAAAAAUGCCACCAUCCCGAGCCGAAUAUUUCCAUAAGUCGAUAGAACAUAUGCCAGAACCGGCAGACGUCAAAAGAGUUCAGAUUCACUCUGCUAAUUCCAUAUUAAAGAACCAACACACGCAAAAGACAGGGUCUCUACGAAAUGAAUAUAACUUAAGAAAUGAUCAAAUAGAAGCCAGACACUACAAUCAAAUGAAUGGAAUACCCUCUGCUGGACGGGUAAAUCAAAAAGUAAUUAAUUCACUGAGUCAGACAAAAGCAAUGGCCGAUCCUAAACAACAAUCAGCACAAAGUAUUUACCAAAUGGAGAAUCCAAAAUCACUGUAUGCUUCAGAGAUGCAACAAAAUGGUCAAUAUAACAUCAUCAAUGACGCAGCGAAAGUCAAUCCCCAGGAAACUCAAGUAAUAGACACCUCAUUCAAUAUUCCCAAGGAAAUAAUUGCAAAUCCAAAUAUACAAAUGUUGAACAUUGAAAAUCCUGUACAAAGUGGAUACUCAUUGGCUGGUGUUAACAUUCUGGACAUCAAGCCUAUUAAAGGACUGUCACCCGAUAUUGUUCAGAUAUCGAAGGUGACAAACACAAUACCUAUAAUAGAAAUUCCAAUAAACUACAAUUAUUACGAAACAACAACUAUUCCUCUUGCUGGUCAUGAACAGAAUUUGCAUACAACAUCCUCUUUAGCUGCCCAGCCUCCCGGUCUGCAGAGAACAUUCACAAAAGCUCCAGAAGUUUUCCGAAUGUCUACAGGACGAGCUUGCUCAUAUGAAGUCAACCCAUUCAACAGAAACGAGUAUGCCAUGAACCAGGCGGAAGCACAGGCAGGUCGUUUUACAUCAGAAUGCCCAGCAGGACUUCAUUUUCGUGUCGACAGAUGUCGCUGCGAUUGGCCAGUGCCACAAACAAAUUCAAACACAAACUCUUGUCCCUAUGUAGUAAAUCCAGCCGAUAAGAGGCAGUAUGCUCACAGUAUACAGGAAACACGGACAGGGAAACUACUGGACUGUCCGGCGAACCUACACUUUAAUGAACAGAAAUGUCGAUGUGACUGGCCAAGCUUCUGAAAGGAACUGUUUCGACUUAUCCGGUGAAAUACCCAGUGUCUGAAAGGUAGAAUGAGCUGGCCGGCCAUGUAUGAGGACAAGUCAUACCAAUGGCCGAGAUAUAUAGGGAAUAAACAUUCAGUGAAAUUGAAAGCUGUUGUGAUAUUUAUUUAAAUUGAUGUACAUAUGUAUAUAUUUUGAUAGUUUAUAUAAUUUUUAGCGUUGUUUUACGUAGAUAUUGUUUGCAUCUGAUUUUUGUCACUUAUGAGAAUUGUCACUAUUUAUAUGAUAUCUUGCAUAAUCAUAAUUGUAUUGUUCAUAAACCAUUAGAAAAGGUUUAUUGAUCUUAUCCAUUUUAAAAUGUACAUAUAUCAUCGAUAAGUUUUAUUUUUUGUCUCUAUCCCUAAU